AUGCUAUUAAACCUAUCAAAGUUAUUGCUAUUGGUUAUUGCAAUCACCACAACCACUAAUGCACAAAGAUUACUUUCUGCAAAUUCAUUAGUUCAAUGUAUGGAUAAUUCUCAAAUAUCUCCAUCUUAUUUUAAUGUCACUUUCAAUCCUGAUGAUAGAUCUUUAAGAUAUAAUUUGGAUUUAACUUCAUCCUUAAAUACUUAUGUAACAGCUCAUGUUGAAGUAUAUGCUUAUGGGUUUUUAAUUAUUGAAAAAGAUAUUGAUUUAUGUAGUUUAGGUUGGAAACAGUUUUGUCCUGUUUACCCAGGGCCACUUCAAGUUGAUUCGAUUGAAUAUAUUAGUAAAGAAUAUGCCGAUCAGAUUCCAGGAAUCGCUUAUGAAGUCCCAGAUAUUGAUGCUGUUGUUAAAGUUCUAGUUUUGGACCAGUCUACAGGUGAGCAAUUGUCAUGUAUCCAAUCUUCCUUCACAAACGGGAAAACAAUUAGUCAAACUGGAGUUAAAUGGGCUACUGCUGUAGUUGCAGGCUUAGGAUUAUUAAUUGCUGCUAUAUUAUCAACUUUUGGAAAUUCAAAUGCCGCAUCUCAUAUUGCAGCAAAUUCAAUUUCUUUGUUCCUUUAUUUCCAAAGUGUGGUUGUUGUUUCAAUGCAAGCUGUUGAACGUGUCCCACCAAUUGCCAGUUCUUGGUCUGAAAAUUUAGCUUGGUCAAUGGGUUUGAUUAGAAUCGAAUUUAUGCAAGAUAUAUUUAGAUGGUAUAUCCAAGCUACUGGAGGUAAGCCAACCACUUAUUUGAAAGGAGUUGUACAACAAAUAUUAGUUCAAAAGAGAGGUUUAGAAAGAUUCGCUAAAAGAAGCCUUGACUAUGCGCUUCAGUCAAACAAGACUUUGAUUGUUCUUAGAGGUAUUGAAAGAAUUGGGUAUAACUCAAAGAUUGAACCAACUUCAAUUGUAGUCACAGGAUAUACAUUCUUUAUCCUUGUUGGAUAUUUGCUUGUCGUCGUUUUGGUUCUUGCUAAAUCAGCCAUUAUCUUAUUGAAACGUUUCAAUAAAAUUAACCGUUCAUUCUCGAUGUUCAAUACUGGAUUUAAUCAUUUACUUAAAGGUUCUGUCUUGAGAUAUAUUUGUAUUGGUCUUACACAAUUGACCAUUUUUUCAUUUUGGGAAUUCACAAAACAAGAUUCCCCAGCAGUUAUUGUCCUUGCAGUUCUUUUCUUAUUAUUGCUUGCCGCUGUUUUAUCAUGGUCAUACUACAACGUUUUGAAAUAUGCCCGUGAAUCAAAGAAAAAGUUUGAUAACCCAGCAGCUUUAUUAUAUGGAGAUGCAAAUAUUUUAAAUAAAUUUGGAUUUUGCUAUACUAUGUUCAGAGCCGAGAAAUAUUAUUUUGGACUUGUACAAAUUGCUCAUAUCCUUCUUAAAUCAAUUUUUAUUGCAUUUACUCAAUCAGCAGGUAAAGUUUCCGUAUUCCCAGUUUUCAUAUUUGAUUUAGCUUAUACAAUUUAUCUUAUCUAUGAAGGACCAUAUUUGAACAAACCAACAAAUAUCACCAAUUAUAUGAUUGCAAUUGUAACCACCAUCAAUUCAUUUUUAUUUUUAUUUUUUUCAGAUAUUUUUGGACAACCAGCUUCAGUUGGUUCUAUUAUGGGUUGGAUAUUUUUUAUUUUAAAUGCUGGGUUUUCAUUAGUGCUUUUACUUUUAAUCAUUACUUUUAUUGUCUUGUCGGUAAUUUCCAAAAAUCCAGAUGCAAGAUUCGCACCAGUUCGUGAUGAUAGAUUUUCAUUCCAACGUAAAUCUUCAAUCAAAAGAACAGAAAAGAGAGAUUCAAGUAAUGGAGAAGCAAGUAGUAGUGGUGCUAAUGAAGAAAAUGAAUUGGCUGCAUUGGGAAUCGCUGCUCAAGAUCAUGCACUUGAUUGGGAGCGUGAAAUGUAUAAAUUAAACAAUGUCUCAACCGGAUAUAUCUCCCCUCAUAUCGAUGAUGAAAUUGAAAUGGAGGAGAAUAAAGGAUUAGGAUCACGUCUUAAAGAUAAGAUUGUUAGAAAACUUUCCAAGAGAGGCAGGUCAGAAAGGCCAGUUAGUGGUGUACGGAUGAGUGAGACUUUGGUUAACAAAGAGAAUGAACCACAAGAUAUUGAAAUCUUGGAGAGACAUGAAUCUAGUGGAUCUAGUGAUAUUGAAAAGAGUCCAGCUAGACUUAUUUGA